GGCCCCGCGGCCUCGCCGUUCCUCGGGAGCCCGGCGCUCCGGCGACUCAAGUUCGAAGCCAGGGCGCCGAGCUCCGGCUCCAAUGGCAGGGGGCAGGUGCGCGCGAUGGCUUCCUUGGGAGGCUUGCUCGGCGGGAUUUUCAAAGGCGGCGACACCGGCGAGUCCACCCGGCAGCAGUACGCGGGGACCGUGAGCGUGAUCAACGGGCUCGAGGCGGAGAUUUCGGCGCUGUCGGACUCGGAUUUGAGAGACAGGACUUCGGUUCUGAAACAGCGGGCUCAGCGAGGCGAAUCUCUGGAUUCUCUUUUACCUGUCAGUCAUUUGCUGUUGUCAGAGGCCUCGAAAAGAGUCCUAGGACUUCGUCCCUUUGAUGUUCAACUAAUAGGUGGCAUGGUUCUUCAUAAGGGCGAGAUAGCUGAAAUGAGAACUGGAGAAGGCAAGACACUUGUAGCAAUAUUGCCAGCUUAUCUGAACGCUCUUAGUGGAAAAGGAGUCCAUGUUGUCACGGUGAAUGAUUAUUUAGCCCGACGUGAUUGUGAGUGGGUUGGACAAGUUCCCCGCUUUCUUGGAUUGAAGGUUGGCCUAAUCCAGCAGAAUUUGACAAGCGAGCAAAGAAGGGAAAGUUAUUUAUGUGACAUAACAUAUGUCACCAACAGCGAGCUUGGGUUUGAUUAUCUGAGAGACAACCUUGCCACGAGUAUUGAGGAGCUUGUGCUUAGGGGUUUCAAUUACUGCGUAAUUGACGAGGUAGAUUCCAUCCUGAUUGAUGAAGCAAGAACUCCUCUCAUCGUAUCAGGACCUGCUGAAAAACCUAGUGAUCGUUAUUAUAAAGCUGCAAAGGUUGCAGCAGCUUUUGAACGUGAUAUACACUACACUGUCGAUGAGAAGCAAAAGACUGUCCUUCUGACAGAGCAGGGUUAUGAGGACGCUGAAGAAAUUCUAGAAGUGAAAGAUUUGUAUGACCCACGGGAACAGUGGGCGCUCUACAUUCUAAAUGCAAUAAAAGCUAAAGAGCUGUUUCUUAGAGAUGUGAACUAUAUUAUCCGUGGCAAGGAGGUGCUCAUAGUGGAUGAGUUUACUGGUCGGGUCAUGCAGGGGAGACGAUGGAGUGAUGGACUUCAUCAAGCAGUUGAAGCAAAAGAAGGGAUGCCAAUUCAAAAUGAAACUGUUACAUUGGCUUCAAUUAGUUACCAAAACUUCUUUCUUCAGUUUCCAAAGCUUUGUGGAAUGACUGGGACUGCAGCAACUGAAACUGCAGAAUUUGAGAGCAUAUACAAGCUAAAAGUUACAAUAGUACCGACAAACAAGCCAAUGAUUAGGAAGGAUGAAUCUGAUGUUGUUUUCAGGGCAACCACAGGAAAAUGGCAAGCAGUUGUUGUAGAAAUUUCCAGAAUGUAUAAGACAGGUCGUCCUGUGCUUGUUGGGACAACCAGUGUCGAGCAAAGUGAUUCGUUAUCAGAGCAGUUAAAAGAAGUUGGGAUUCCUCAUGAGGUCCUUAAUGCAAAGCCAGAGAAUGUGGAAAGAGAAGCUGAAAUUGUUGCACAAAGUGGUCGCCUUGGAGCAGUUACUAUUGCCACCAAUAUGGCUGGUCGUGGAACAGAUAUAAUCCUUGGUGGUAAUGCUGAGUUUAUGGCAAGAUUGAAGCUACGUGAAAUGCUUAUGCCUAGAGUCGUUAAACCAGUUGAAGGAGUUUUUGUAUCAGUGAAGAAGCCACCUCCAAAAAAGACAUGGAAGGUCAACGAAGACAUUUUCCCUUGUGAGCUAUCCAGUAGAAAUACCCAACUGGCUGAGGAAGUUGUGCAAUUAGCAAUGAAUACAUGGGGUCAGAGAUCAUUAACAGAGCUUGAGGCAGAAGAGCGUCUAUCUUAUGCUUGUGAAAAGGGUCCUGCACAGGAUGAAGUCAUAGCAAAGCUAAGAAGUGCUUUUCGGGAAAUUGCAAAAGAAUUCAAGGUCUACACUGAGGAAGAAAGACAGAAGGUAGUGCAAGCUGGAGGCCUUCAUGUGGUAGGAACAGAACGGCAUGAAUCACGACGAAUUGAUAAUCAGCUGCGGGGUCGAAGUGGACGACAAGGGGAUCCUGGAAGUUCUCGAUUCUUCCUCAGUCUAGAAGACAACAUCUUCCGGAUUUUUGGAGGAGAUAGAAUUCAGGGUUUGAUGAGAGCUUUUAGAGUUGAAGACUUACCAAUAGAGUCAAAAAUGCUAACGAAAGCACUCGAUGAAGCUCAACGGAAAGUGGAGAACUACUUUUUCGAUAUCAGGAAGCAAUUGUUUGAGUUUGAUGAAGUGCUAAAUAGCCAAAGAGACCGUGUAUAUGCAGAAAGAAGAAGAGCGCUUGAAUCUGAUGAUCUUCAAUCUCUAAUUAUUGAAUAUGCUGAGUUGACAAUGGAUGACAUCUUAGAGGCAAACGUUGGUCCUGAUGCUCCAGUGGAAAGUUGGGAUCUCGAGAAACUAAUAGCAAAGCUUCAACAGUAUUGCUAUCUGCUGAAUGACUUGACUCCAGAUCUGCUGAGGAGCAAGGGAUCAAGUUAUGAGGAAUUGCAGGGUUACUUACGUCUUCGUGGUCAGGAAGCAUAUAUGCAGAAAAGGGAGAUCGUGGAGAAACAAGCACCAGGGCUGAUGACAGAAGCCGAGAAGUUCUUAAUACUGAGCAACAUCGACCGUUUAUGGAAGGAACACUUGCAAGCACUCAAGUUUGUUCAGCAGGCAGUGGGCUUGCGAGGAUAUGCGCAGAGGGACCCUCUCAUUGAGUAUAAGCUCGAAGGAUACAAUUUGUUUUUGGACAUGAUGGCACAGAUAAGAAGAAAUGUCAUAUAUUCCAUAUAUCAGUUCCAGCCGGUGCUGGUAAAAAAGGAUGAGGAUCGGAGCCAGAAUGGAACAACAGGGAAACCUACUACAAAUGGUAGAAGCAGCGGCAAGCCUGAUCCGGUUGGUGUGGAGUCAUCUUCAUCGGCUGCCAGUCCUCAGGCAAGUGCAUAGAUGUGUGCCGUGACAAUUUUGGCCGCAAUUCACUUGGAUGAGAACAUUAUACGAGCUUCUCUCUUUGUUCUCCUUGUAAAAUACAAGAGCCUGCUGUAUUUAUUUGUAAAGGAAUAAUUUUUGCAGAUGAAGGGAAUGAUUGUAAAGCUUGACCAUAAAAAAAUUCAAUGCUACUGACUCCUGGCAUCUGUCUAACAAACAGAAGCUGGACAGUGCAGCACAAAAUCAAGUUUCUUAUUAUAAACCUUUCGUCCUUUAACUUAA